CGUUCUUUCCAGCGAAGGAACACCUUUUAAAACACAGCUUUAGCCGACACUCUAGACUACACUAUUCAUCAGCAGAACCAUAUCUCCUGAUUCUCUUCCGUCUCCUCUCUAAAGUCUAACUUUUGGCUUUGGAGGGAGAGGGGAAGAGAGAACCUCCUUUCCUCUCCACUUCAUCAAACCCAUCUGGUAAUCCCAAUAAACCUCGAAUAUCUCAAAUACCCUUUAUUCUAAAUUCUUUAUUCUUGCAGCUGUUUCUUCUUGUAUUCCUCUAGGAAAUCCUUUUUCUUUUUUCUUAGCCAAUUUAUUCAAUACCCAUCUGCUAAAAUUUAUUGGGUAAACUUUUUUGAGAAUACCCAUUUGCAAAAAACCAUUUCUUUACAAAACACAAGUUCAUCCGUGUACUUUAGGACGAGAAAGGCGGUUGCUUUCUUUUAAGCUAUUGACUAAUGGCAGCCGAACAGAGUUUACAAGUUGUUCAGCAUGGCAACAAAGAUGUGGUUUUUAGUAGUUCUGGUAUUAAGAUUGAAUGCUCUUUUUCUCAUAAGAGGGUUAGUUUGAAAGCUCAUGGCUUUUUCGCAAGUGUUAAUCAAGCUGGGAUGGGAUUUGCUAUCUCACCAAACCCUCCGACUUCGCUGGAGAAUACUGCAAAGUUCCCCUAUGCUAGCCUACAUACACAAUUUGUUUCAGUCCCUGAACCUGGAUUUCAGCUUGAGAAGGUUCCACAACUGCUGUUGGAUGAUGAACUUGAGAUUGCUGAGAGGGUGGUGAAGAAGAAGAAGGAGAAGAAGGGUGGCUUUAAGUUGAGAAUUAAGAUUAGAAAUGAAUCAUUGAGGAGGUUGAUGAGUGGGGCAGUUGCAGGUGCUGUAUCGAGGACUGCUGUAGCUCCAUUGGAGACCAUAAAAACGCAUUUGAUGGUGGGGAGUUGUGGGAAUUCUAUGGCUGAAGUGUUUGAUAACAUCAUGAGGGGUGAGGGAUGGAAAGGCCUGUUUAGGGGCAAUUUGGUGAAUGUUAUUCGCGUUGCGCCAAGCAAGGCUAUUGAGUUAUUUGCAUAUGAGACUGUUAAGAAACAGUUAACACCUGAACAUGGGGAACAGCCCAAACUCCCUCUUCCAGCCUCAUUUAUUGCAGGCGCUGUUGCUGGAGUUAGCUCUACCUUGUGCACAUACCCUCUGGAGUUACUCAAAACUCGUUUAACUGUCAAGGAAGAUUACAAGGAUCUUUUGGAUGCCAUCGUAAAAAUUGUGCAGGCAGAAGGGCCAGCAGGACUGUUCAAAGGCCUUACUCCUAGUUUGAUAGGAGUGGUUCCUUAUGCUGCCACUAAUUAUUUUGUGUAUGAUACGUUAAGAAAAGCUUAUAAAAAAGCUUUUAAGAAGGAGGAAAUUGGAAAUGUCAUGACUCUUCUAAUUGGAUCAGUAGCUGGUGCAGUCUCAAGUAGUGCAACUUUCCCACUUGAGGUAGCUCGGAAGCAGAUGCAGGCUGGGGCUCUUAAUGGAAGACAGUUCCAGAACAUGCUUCAUGCUUUGACAAGCAUACUUGAGAAAGAAGGAAUCCCAGGUCUUUAUAGAGGCUUGGGCCCAAGCUGCAUGAAAUUGGUUCCUGCAGCUGGGAUUUCAUUCAUGUGCUAUGAGGCGUGCAAGAGGAUACUAAUGGAGAAAGAAUCUGUAUGAUAUCCCUUGAAAGUGGUAGCUACUUACUUCUGACCUCAUUGCUGAGGAGCUGCAAUUUGAUCCGGAAAACAAUUUUUGCCUCUAUGGCAUACAUUAGAAUUUUUGUACCCUUCCAUGUUAUAGUGGACACAAUUUUUAUAAAUACAAAGGUGUUGAUGUGAAAUAAAUAAAAAAAUAAAUUAAAAAACAUUUAAAUGGUCAAAG